AACUAAACCUUUUAGUUUCCCUCUCUUUUACCACAAGUCCCUUAUCACCGCUCCUCCUCCCAAACCCUCCGCCGUUUCUCCUCCCAAACCUCCGACGCUGCCGCAAUUCUCACGGUGGUUCUCUCUCCAGUAUCUGGUUACCCAUCAUUAUCGACAACCCCUCAAAUGGCAGCAUAUGUUUCCUCUAAUGCCACAGUCACCGCUUCUUCCGAUGGUCCCGUCCUCGGCGUCAUCAACAAACGACUCCGUGCCCUACGCAAGAAAUACAACCGCAUCCUCCAGAUGGAAGAAUCCGUCUCCCAGGGAAUGCCCUUGAACAAAGAACAGGAAGAAGUCUUCCGUUCUAAACCCGCCGUCUCCGCCCUCAUCGACGAACUCGAGAAGCUUCGUCAGCCUCUCUCUUCCGCCGUAUCCGAAGAGAUCUCACUCGCCUUACAGUGUCAAACUAUUUCUCCUCAACAAGCUACCUCUCAACACCAGCGGGAAACCACUCAAGUUCAAGAACAGCAUUCCGAUGAGCCCCGGUACCGUGGCGUUGAGGAUCUCCUCAAGCUGCUUUAUAUUGGGUCGUUGUUCGAUGUCAAGUCUCAUAACGAUUUUACUUCCAUCAUGUUGACUAGGACUCACGAGAGAGGCUGUUGCUUAACUUAUGAUUACGUUACCGAUGAUGCUUCUGAUCUGCUUAGUGAGAAAGAUUUGGAUUCGAUUUCGAUGCUGGGUGGACUGUUGACUUCACGACCUGCUGAUUCUUGUUUAUCUCACCAGAACGCUUUGUACCGUUGCAUUCAUCAUGCCAAGCUUUGGCUUUCGCACUCCGAUCAACUUAUUGACCCCACCGUCGCCGUCUCCUAUGCUGAGUUGAGAUGUAGGCUUAAGAAGAUUAUGGAUUUAGAAUACUUCACAAUCAUGCCAGAGAUGAAAGCUCCUGCUAAAUUGGCAGCUGCUACUGUUGGGGCAUAUGCUUCAUCUCAGGCCGAAGAUUCAAUUGGCCGAUACGAGCAGAAGGAAGAAGAUGCAUCAAAUAUUCAAGAAUUUGAAACUAGUCAACUUAGUGCUGCAGAUGAGCUUCACAAGAAUGAACAUGAGAUAGAAAAUGGUACUGAGGAUGUUCCAGUUCAACAGGAAAAUGGCAAACUACAGGAAGAUGUGGAGCAUAAUCAGAGAGAUAUUGAACCCAGUGAUCAACAGUAUGUCCCUCGAAGAACAUAUCAGAACCAAAGAGGUGGUCAGAGUAAUGGGGGUGGCCGGAGGGGUUAUUCUAAUGGUAGAGGUGGCAGGGGCGGUGGAAGGAGAGGUAGCGCUUACCAUCAGAAUGGCCGUAGCCAGUAUUAUGAUCAGUCCGACAACUAUUAUCCUAGGAACUACUAUAACAGCAGGGGAAGAGGUGGCAGGGGAGGUGGCCAUGCUUACAACAAUCACAGGUCAGCAGUCCAGAAUGGUAGUUAUGUUGCGGCUGAUGUCGGUGUGGCCUCAUAACAUCUUUGCUCGGUGUCGCUAGGGCGAUGAAAAUGUUUUUUUUUGCAUGGAAAACAUUGUUUGACCGUUGGUUGAUCAUUGAUGUUGAUAUGGUACAAAUCCUGGGCACCUUAUUUAAACUUUUCUUUUGGCCGUUAGGUACUAUUGGAAUCAUUGAUUAGGAAGUUCUAGUGAUAUUCCUUUUGUGUUU